AUGUUUGUGGUAUUGAAAUCUAAAUUCAACGGUAAAUACUUGAGAAGGAUAAGUGAGGAAUAUGGUAUCGAAAAGGAACUGCCGCAAACGUUUCUGAAUUUUCUUGGAGAUGACAUUACGAGUCCUGUGGUGAAAUUUGAAUUGGAGAGAGCCAAGAAAGAUGCUGAAGGGGUGCACAUACGUUGUUGCCAUAACAACAAAUACUUGGCUCCAAAUGGUUCGGGGUGGGUCUUUGCCUCGGCUGACCACCCCGACGAGGAAGAGGGUGAUCAAAAUACCCUCUUCAAGCUUGUCAAAACUCAAAUUGAUGAACAAGAAUAUUUCAAAAUUCAACAUGUUGGGUUAAAGUAUUUUGCUCAAAUCUUGGUCACAGACAACAAUCACAGUUCUGGUUUGUUCAUGUGUCCUAAAGAGAUACCUCAUCCAAACGAUGCUUUCAAAGUCUUGGAUUGGGAUUCGCUUGUCAUAUUUCCGAAAAAUGUUGCCUUGAGAAGCAACCUCAACAACCAAAAAUAUGUUAGCCCGCGUGUGUUCAACACCUACCCUUUUCUUCAGUUCGAUGCUGAGGAGAUCGCUGAUCAGACGGUAGUAAACGAGAUCUCCACCUUUAGUGAUGGUUUUGUUCGCAUAAAGAACCUUUCCACUAAAAAUUACUGGAGGCGCGGCGACGGCGAUUGGAUCUACAACGACCAUCCCGAGGCCAAGGACGAUGACUUAGGUUAUUUAUUUUGGCCAAUCAAACUAGGUGACAAUAUUGUCGCUCUAAAAAAUAUGGGAAGCAGCUACUUUUGUGAGAAGUUUAGUGAGGGAGACGUCGAGUCCUGUGUUAAGGCUGGGGCGAAAAGUAUUACUAAUGAAGCCAAAUUGUGUGUGUCAAGCAGUUCCAUGUUAAGGAGUAUCUACGGCAUCCUUUUUCGAGAAGAAGACGGAAGAGUAUACAAUCUCAACAAAGUGUACAUAGAUGAGAUAGUGGCGGAUAAUCCUGAGGACAUAGAGAAUACUUUAACCAUUAAGUUUUCGUACAAGAAAAAAAGCUCUAGUAAUUUCACCAACAGCGUUUCCUUCAAGCUAGAUGUGAAACCAACCCUUCAUAUCGACGCAAUUCCAGUCAUCGUCGAUGGAAAGAUCGAAAUAUCAGCUGACGUUGGAGGGAAUAUUGAGUGGGAGAAACCAGACACAGUGGAAACUUUAACCAAGGCUACCUUCACUGCUAAGGCUCCUCCUAAUACCACAACAAAAUUCACUCUUGUAGCGAUUCAAGGAACAUGUGAAGUUCCUUUCUCUUAUAUUCAGCGCGAAAUACUCUACAAUGGCGAUACCGUUAUUCAGACGAUGGAAGAUGGGAUUUACACUGGUGUCAACAUGUUCAACUUUGAAAUCAGUAGCAGCCAGUACAAACCUCCUGCAGUUUAA